GUAUCUACGGGCUCACAUUUGAAUUAUUCGUCCAUUACCCUAUAUACAUUAUGUAUUGUGAUUAAACAGUACGUGCAAACGCAUUAUUCAGUUGUAUCUACUUAAGGUAGGCCUACCUAGUUUAGGAAGUCUGCUAGGUGACAAAAAUGUUUGCGGCUAAGAUCUGCUUUACGGCUGUGUAACUGUUACUAAGGAAUGUGGAGGUCAGAGAGGUAGCUAAAAUUGAAAGAUGUUUAAUUACACACAUUUACUAAUAACUACAUCAACAAUUACGUCGAUCAAUAAAGUUCGUUUUAUUAUUUAAGACAGUAACCACAAUCACGAGAUACCUCUCGGAUUUGCUGCCAGGUCGCGUUGUGCCGAAUUAGUUCAGCGUAGCUUAGCUAGCGUCAGUUACUUCCUGGCUUUACGUAGGUUGCCAUUUUUAUUGUUUUCACUGGUGUAGCUUAUCCAGGUCGGUUGGACAGAAACAUGGAUAAUAACUUGCCGGGGUCUGGCGGGUCCAAGGGGGGAUUUGGUAGUCUUUUUGGGGGUGCGGCACCUGAAUAUUCCAACACUGAGCUCGCCGGAGUGCCAUUAACAGGAAUGAGCCCCCUCUCCCCUUAUCUGAACGUGGACCCCCGAUACCUAACGCAGGACAGCGAUGAGUUUAUCCUGCCCACGGGAGCCAAUAAGACGCGUGGGCGGUUUGAGCUGGCCUUUUUCACCAUCGGGGGCUGCUGCAUUACAGGGGCUACAUUCGGAGCUCUUAAUGGCCUUCGCAUGGGGCUGGCGGAGACGAGAGACAUGGCAUGGUCCAAGCCUCGAAACGUACAGAUCCUGAACCUGGUGACGCGGCAGGGGGCCACGUGGGCAAACACGCUGGGCUCGCUGGCGCUGCUGUACAGCGUGCUCGGCGUGGUGAUCGAGAAGGCCAGGGGGGCGGAGGACGACCUCAACACGGUGGCGGCCGGGACGAUGACGGGAAUGCUCUACAAGUCCACAGGAGGGCUGCGCGGGGUUGCCAGGGGCGGCCUGGCGGGCCUGGCCAUUUCGGGACUGUACGCCCUCUACAGCAACUGGGAUCAUCUGAAGGGCCGCUCCCCCACCCACUUCUAAACCCGCGGGUACCCAGAGGGUCCCCCCCCCUGCCCCGCCUCUCCCCUCUGCCUGCACCAAUCAUGCUUAAACCCAGAGGCAGCUAUGGGCAGGUGUGCACUAGCUGCAGAGGUGUGGAUGGAAGAGACAGUCCCAGGCUUUGUCCGUAAGCCCAAAAACACGCUGUGUAUUUACGUGGCGUGGUCAUGGCGCUGCUUGUCUGCUUGAAGAUGAGGACGAAUGUUAGAUGAAGAAGGCCUAUUUGCGGUGAGAUGGUUUACACCCCCCUCCGCUCCCAACCCCCCCCCCUCCACCCCCCCCCUCGCUGCUGUUGCAUUAAAAUUACAGCUCAUCCCUCAUGUGAUGAUUGUAACAUCAUGGUUCUCAUCUCAUCAUGAAUAAGAGCAUUGCUGCAGUCAUGCCACGGGCGUGUCCUUUACAGGCAGACCCCACACAGUGUCUGUGACUGCGCAUCAUUUGGCUGACGCGCUGCAUUGUAAACAUCGACCCUGCUCUGGAAAGACCCAAGUUUUGCGAGCGUGUCGAUACUAGAAACGUCCGUGUCGACUGACUGGUGUAUGAAGGCGUAUGCCAUCCUGACCACCCCACUGAUCUCGCUCACUUUGUGGACUCAGUGUUGUUGCAUGGCAACGGUCUCCAGGUGACACUUGACCUGGGGGUCCCGGUGUUCCGGCUGGCACUUGACAUUCUUUUCCUGGUCAGUCCAUUUCAGGUCCGUUGAAUGAAAAGGGGGGGGGGGGGGCGUGGCGGAGAUCUCUGCACUGGUGGUAAUAUGUUGUAACUCAAUUAAACAAACCUGGUUUUAAAAGUUUGUUUUUGUUGAAUUGUAUUUGUUGUGGGUGCGAAUGUUCUCCUUAACCCACGGUCAGUCACAUGUGUCGAGGAUGAAGGGCAUACUAUGCCAAAAAUAAAACCUGAAUCAACAUCAGA